GUGCAGGUGUAACCACGGUUGCUUAGCAACGGCUGAACUCCGUUAUUUAAGGUCAGAGGUGGUGCUGUUUGAUGUUUGUCAUAAGAUUAGGAAACAUGGCAGAAAACGAUGCAACGUGUUUGCCCUUAAUUAUAUAUUAUAUGAGAGAGAAGUACUUCAGACACGCAAUAAAUACAGCUGAGAAAUAUUUACAACUGUACAACAAUGAUCCUGUGCUCCGGUUUAUCAAAGCUGUUGGAUCUCUGAUGGAAGGUGACAUGCAGGAGGCGAUGAGAGAUCUCAUUCAUCUGAAGGAUCAGCCUCAUCUCUCUCUGUGUUCAACUAUAGCUCUCAUUAACGCUCACAGACGUCGUGAGACUCUGGAUGAAGAGGCGUUGAAUACGCUGACCUCUGACCUGAAGCUGUUGGGCUCAACAGCAGGUGUCAGGGAGCUGUAUUACACAGCUCUGCUGUACUGGAUCCUCGACCGGAACGUCAAAGCCAGAAUCUGCAUCAACAAAAUGCUGAAGCUGUCAGAUAAAUCCCCACAGGGGCUUGUUCUCAAGGCCUGGAUUAUAUUGACAUCUGAGGUGGCAGAGAACAAACCUCAGGCCAUCCGUUACUUCGACAGCACCGGUCAGGACUCUGAGAAUGUGUUCGGGCUCAUGGGAAAGGUUGAGUUUCUCAUGGCGAAACAGAAGCAGCCGUGCGCUCUUGAUAUUGUGAAUCAGAUCAUAGUUUCUCAUCCAGAUUUCGUCCCAGGGCUCAAUCUGAAGAUGAGGAUCUUUAUGUCUCUGCGUGACUGGGAACAAACAGAAGAGCUCGCUCGCAGAAUUCUGGAGAGAGAUGAUCAGGAUUUAAAAGCUCUUCAGAUGAUGGCUGUCAUAGCUGCGGCUAAAGAUGGAGAUAUGGGGCUGGUAAAGAAGCAUCUUCAGUCUAUAAUAAAUGCGGUUGAGAUCACUGAACCCAAUAACAGCAGCUUACACGCAGAGAUCGCCGCACCCAUCAGCAGACUGUGUGGACACAACACAGAGAUCCUGCAGAUGUUGACCGUAUUCAUGCGACGGGUUUCCUCACGCUCACCAGUGGCGUCUGACGUCAUGUGUGAGCUCGGAUAUCUACUCGCUCUCCAAAACAUGUAUAAAGAAGCUCAUGAAUGUUAUUCCACAGCUCUGAAAACAGAUGAUAAAACUCCAACAGCUUCAGUCGGACUGAUCACAUGUUUACUGAUGUGCGAUCAGCUGGAGGAAGCCAUCCAACAGCUCGCUGCCUUCUGUGAAGCACAAGAGUCUUUGGGAAAUAUUGCGGAAGUGCUUCUGCUGAAGGCGGUCUCACUGAGAAAGCAGCGAGGGGAUGAGGAGACUGUGGUCCAGCUUCUGAAGGACGCUACAGAGCUUCAUUUCUCCGCUCUCCAUGGCCUCAGUUACAGUGUUGAAUAUUUGAGGUUUCUGGACGUUAAUUUCCUCCUGCAGAUAGUUCAGAUGCACAUGGAGCUAAACCAGGAUCUUGAUCCAGGAGUCCCGGGAAAAACUCAAGCGCUUUGGCUGAAACACUCAUACCUGAUUUUAGAGAGGAUCAUCAGGGCUGCUCCGGGGAUAUCAGCGAGCUGCUAUCUUAUGGCCUACGUCAAAUUUCUCCAAGGUGAUGUGAGAGGAGCUCAGGGUCUGUUGGAUGUGUGUGUGGAAAGAGGGUUCAGGACGGUGGAGGUUUGUCUUCUUCAGGCUGGACUGCAGCUGCACACAGGAGAUCACAGCACUGCUCUCAACUCUCUGCAAUCUGCCGUCAGCUUCAACUUCCAGAUCAUAGAUCAGAUCCAGUUCAAUCUGAUGAAAGCUCGAGCACUUGUGAGAUCUGGAGAUCUGAAGAGCGCCAUCCAGUGUCUGAACAUCACAAUGAACACGCCAGGUGUCCGUCAGGCUUCAGAGGGUUCACAGUCUUCUGUCUCUAUCAGAGAGAGAGUUUGUGUUUAUCUGGAGCUCACAGAGGCGUUGAGACUGGAUGGUGAUCAGCACGCGGCCGCUGAAGUCCUGCAAGAGGCUAUUCUGCGUUUUAAAGGAACGUCUGAAGAAACACGCGUCACGCUGGUCAGUGUUGAUCUGGCUCUGAUGAGAAAUGAUGUGGACGCGGCUGUGGUCAUUCUUCAGAAUAUUCUGCCUCACGAGUCCAUUUACAUUCAGGCCAGAGAGAAAUUGGCUCACAUUUACUUAGAGAGAAAAAACAACAAGAAGCUUUACAUUGCCUGUUACAGAGAAAUAAGUGAGCAGUUACCGGGAGCUCAUAACAGUGUACUGCUGGCUGAUGCCUUUAUGAACAUACAGCAGCCAGAGGAAGCGCUUAAAAUCUACCAGGAAGCUCAGAGGACGUCACCUGAAGACACUGCGUUAGCCAUGAAAACCAGCCGUGCGUUUGUGAAAGCUCAUGAAUAUGACAAGGCGGUGAGCUGUUAUGAACGGGCUCUGAAGGUGGAAGCGCAGGACUGUGUGUUGAGUUUGGAGCUGGCUGAUCUUCUCUUUAAACGUCAGGAGUUUGAGAAAGCUCAACGGCUCCUCCAGAAAGCGUUGGAACAUGAACACGCUUCUUCUUUGGAUGUCAUGAUGAAUGACGUGAAGAUGUUAAGAGUGUUAGUGAAAGUUCAGCGUGUCAUGGACGAGUCUGCUCUGGACGCUGUGCAGAAGGCCCGUGAUCUCCAGCAGAAGAUUGUGAACAGGGUUAGAAAAGAGCAGCCGGUGCAGUUAGAAGAUCAGAUGAAGCUGUUGGCAGACAUCUACUGUGAGGGCGCUCAUGAGUUUCAUCUCGGACUCGACCUGGAGAUGGCCAGACAUCACUACACAGACGCUUUAAACUACAGUCCAGACAACCAAGAGAUCAUCCUUCAUCUCGCUCGCUUCUACUAUAAGCGUCAAAAACUGGAUCAUUGUGAAGAAAUGUGUCGUCAGAUUCUGAAACUUCAUCAUCAUCACACCGAUGCAUCAAUGUUGUUGGCAGAUACUUUGUUUUGGAAGAAUCAAAAGGACGAAGCAGUCCAAAUGUAUGCUGAUAUAAUGGAGCGAUAUCCAGACAACUUUCAUGUGAUGGUGAAGUUUCUGUAUGUUCUGCACAGACUGGGUAAUGUUGAUGCUGUGCCGUCUGUUUUUCAAGCGUGUGAAACGUUCUGUCCGCUCUCGGUUAGAGAAGCAGCUUAUAACUACUGCAAAGGUCUUUACAGCUGGUACGUGUAUGAGGUGAGAGAGGCUCUGAUUCAUCUGAAUAAGGCCAGAGGAGAUUGUGAAUGGGGUGAGCGAGCCGUUGAGCUGAUGGUCCAAAUCUGUCUCAACCCUGACAAGGAUGUUUUUGGAGCAGAAGUUCUAGAUAAAAGACGGACAAAUGUGAGUGAAUCAGAGAAUCAGACGAGAAUCAGCACAGCUCAGAAUCUACUGAAGAUGUUCUGCACUCGAUCCAGAUCUGAAGAGCAGAAAGUCAGACUGCUUCAGAAUCUGUGUCUGAUCUACAGCAAAGAGUCCAGACAGAUGGAAAGAGCCGUGCUGGAUCUCACAGACAUGCUGGCCAAGAAUAUGAUGUCGGAGGCAUGUUUGCUGGCGGCGGCUCAGGGUUUUCUUCAGUUAAAGCAGAUCCCCAGAGCCAGAAACUUUCUCAAACGUCUCACUAAGAUGGAGUGGAACGAUUCUAAUUCGGACGACCUGGAGAACGCCUCUCUGCUCAUGGCCGAUAUGUAUAUAAAGAUGGGAAAAUACUCACAGGUGGACAAACUACUGCAGAACUCCAUACGACACAAUAAGUCGUGCAGUAAAGCGUACGAGUAUCAAGGCUUUAUGAUGGAGAAUGAGGAGAGGUAUACAGAUGCGUCCCUGCAGUAUGAACUGGCCUGGAAAUACACCAGAAUGAUGGAUCCUGCUAUCGGGUUUCGUCUCGCCUUUAACUGUCUGAAGUGUAAGAAUUACACACGGGCUGUUGAUGUUUGUCGUCAGGUGUUGCAGCAUUUUCCGGACUAUCCUCAGAUUCAGGAUGAGAUUCUGACCCGAGCUCAGGCGUCUCUCCGUCCGUGAGCUGUAGUCAUGUUCUCUGUUAUUUCCUCACACACUUCUGUUUUCUGAGAGAGAUGUUUGUUAGAAAGCCUAAUUCACAUUUGGUUUUUGUUUGCAUAGCAGAGAAAAUGCAGGAGGUUAAAAUGAUGUGUGCACUUAUAAAACACUGAUCUGUUGUCACUUUACAGAUUCGUAUACGUACAGAAGAAAUGACGUAUCUGUUAUUUAGAUAGGUUUAAUGAAAUAUGAAAAUUCACAGGGGAAUUUAAAGCGAGCUUUGUGUGUAUGCAAACAUCUUUUGAUGACAAUUACAUUGAUUUCAAAUGAUGCUUCUAUACACCACGUUUCAAAUCCUUAAGAUUAAAAUUUUAACGUUGUCAAAUAAUUACUAGAAUUCUGUAGUUUAAAUUCUACUAGAAAACCUUUGUCACUUAAUAGCAGUAAGAACAUACAGGAGCCUUUAAAAUACAUUUUACAUUUAUUCAUUUGGCAGACGCUUUCAUCCAAAGGGACUUACAAGUAUGAGAACAUAUAAACAUUUUGUCAGCACAGUAACAGUACUGUUCGAUUACAGGAACACCAGACAGAAUCUUAAAAUGUUUUCAGUCUGAUCUCUCACCAAGUGAUUCAUUAUUCAAGAGCUCAUCUAUUUCAUUUAGAUGAAGACAGAACCUGAGAUGUUUAAACUUUGAUUUGCAAUAUUUUUUAUUGUUGUUUUAUAUUUAUAUUAAAUAUUUCAGGUUCAUUUUGCAACCCAGCUGUGCAAUGACUCAUGUUAAACGCAUGUUGAAACAUUCAAUUCAUUAUAGAUCUGGAUAAAGUUCUGAUAUUGAUCAGAUCAGAAUUUAUUUAUACUGAUGAACAUUUAUUUGUUUAAUUUGUGCAGUACCGCAGUCCUCCUGCUGGAGGUGUCGCAGAGUUUGUUUUGUGAGUUUAUAAACUUUCUUGUGUUCUGGAUGGGCAACACAUGACCAGUGCUCAUAAGGCACUUCUGUAGUGAAAGUUCUCUGUUUUUUUUGCUGAGCAUGAAUUUGUAAAAUACUUUUUUUGAUGGUGUCAGUAAGAAUCUAUUGAAUUUUUUACUCUAACUAAUUCAGUUUCAGUUAGCUGUUUUGCUAUG